GUUGUCCCGUCAUUGUCAGAUAAAACGUCGAUCGUGUUUCAGACGGCUCCAUUUCUCUGGAGACGCUGCAGAGGCAGCUUGUUAUGAAAGGAAGAUUAUUGGACCAACGCAGAGCAACACAUGGUUCCAGGUUGAGGUCAGGAUGGGGAACAUCUCACCCAGGGUUCUGGUCUCACUCUUGCUGAACACACUGAUCUGCUGUAGAAAAACUCAAGAUCCUGUGCUGAUUAUUGAUCCCAACUGGUCGACUUUUUAUCCUGGAGAGAGCGUGACGUUCAUUUGUCACAUGAGUGAAAGAGAAGAGACCGACUGGCAAUAUGAGCUUAGAAGAAAUGGAGAACAAGUUCUUCAAUUCAACCCGCACAAAAGCUACACAUUACAAUGUAUCCAAAUCGAUCAGAGUGGUGAAUACCAGUGCUGUGGACUCAGGAAGAGCUCUGGUGAUACCGACUGCAGUGAUACUGUCUCUUUAACUGUUACUGCUCAACCCAAAGCCAAACUGACUGCAGGUCCCACAACCAUACCAGUAGGGGGCAGUGUGUCACUGAGAUGCUCAGUGGAGCCCUCUACUGGAUGGAAAUACAUAUGGGUCACAAAAACCCAAAACACACCUGAAGUUGAAGUCAUUCAAGAAGGAAACAGAGAAAUUAAAGUAACAAAAGGAGGAAUAUACCGAUGUAUUGGAAAGAGAGGAAAUGGAGACUAUUGCAGUGUUGUAAGUAACGAAGUGAGCUUCAAUAUAACCUUUUCCAACAAGGUUUUUGUGACUCGACGACCAAACCGGCCUCAGAUCUUCAGUGGUGAGUCGAUCACUCUGACAUGUGAGGUCCAGGGAGGAGAAACCACUGAGUGGACGUGUGACUGGAAGAAAUCUGACAAACCUGUAAAAGUGGGAAAUGAUAAACACCUGACUGUCAGUGUUAAUGAGUCCAGCAGUGGAAACUACAUGUGUCAGUGUAGACGCAGAGACGACUGGUAUUCUGUGACAAAGUGGAGUGAAAAGAUCCCAGUGUCUGUGUCAGGUGAGUCAUGA